GGAGGAGGCAGUCGGUGAUCGGCUGGAGGAGCAGUAGUUUCCAGGCUGUGGCUGCUGCAGGCGGUGAGGACGGAGCCGCCGAGCUCGGGCUCAUCCAUCCGGGCGCCGCCGCUCUUCUCACCCGUCGGGCGGGGGUCUUGCAGGGAAUGUGCCCGCAGUAUCGCAGGGCUCCGGGGAUGCCCGGUUUGCACUCAGGCGUGUGAAGCAGAUGGAGGUACCGGGGUCGGCAUGGGAGUGAUGAGCUGCCCCGGGCUCAGCGCCCUGCUGCUGCCCCUCUUACACCUGGCACUGGGUUACUUGACGGUCACCAUUGAGCCCCUUCCUCCUGUGGUGGUCGGAGACGCAGUGACUCUGAAAUGCAACUUCAGGACUGACGGGCGGAUGAGAGAAAUCGUGUGGUACCGGGUAAGAACACAGGUGACGGAUGGAGGAACCAUCAAACAGAAGAUCUUCACAUUCGAUGCCAUGUUCUCUACUAACUACUCUCACAUGGAGAAUUACCGCAAGAGAGAGGACCUCCUGUACCAGUCCACUGUGCGGCUCCCCGAGGUGCGAAUCUCCGACAACGGGCCGUACGAGUGUCACGUUGGGAUAUAUGACCGGGCCACGCGGGAGAAGGUGGUGCUCGCUUCCGACAACGUAUUCCUCAAUGUCAUGUCACCUCCUGUUUCCAUCGCUGUGAUCGCUGCAGACACCCCCUCGCCAUUCAGCCGGUACCAGGCGCAGAACUUCACUCUGGUGUGCAUUGUGUGCGGAGGAAAACCGGCUCCACAGGUCUACUUCAAGAGGGACGGAGAGCUGAUUGAGGUUAUCCCCAUGAUGGACCCCCCGGCCGCAGCAGCCGGACUCAUGAAUAAUCGCGGAUCCCGGAACCUUCUAAACCGAGACCUGGACGAUACUAAAAUGCAAAAAUCCAUUUUACUGUUGGACACUGAGGAACGGGGAUCGAACUCUUUUACUGAGAACCCCUUCCGGUCCCGCACAUCUGACCAAGGACCAAUGUCCAGCCCGGUGACGGAGGCCAUCCCAGAGACAGUGGUCAGCCUGGAGUUCCCCCGCUGGGUCCACAGUACGGACCCCACUUAUUUCUUCCACCAAAUGCAUCUUCCAAUGAGCGAUGGGACGGUAGAGGUUCGAGCCAUGCUCACCUGGACCCUUAACCCACAGGUGGACAAUGAGGCGCUGUUCAGCUGCGAGGUGAAGCACCCGGCCCUCACCAUGAACAUGCAGUCCGAAGUCACAUUAGCUGCUCCGAGGGGGCCCAAAAUAAGCAUGACACCGCUGAGAGCCCGGGUGGGGGACACAGUCCGGAUGACGGUGCAAGGAUUUCAGAAUGAGGUGUUCCCGGAGCCCCUCUUUACAUGGACGAGGGUCGGAGGGCGACUUCUAGAUGGCAGCUCUGAGCACGAUGGCAAAGAACUGGUCCUGGAGAGGGUCCCCGCCGAGCUGAAUGGCACCAUGUACCGCUGCACAGCUCAGAACCCGCUGGGCUCCACAGACACACACACACGGUUAAUAGUAUUUGAAAAUCCCAAUAUUCCAAGGGGAACAGAGGAUUCUAAUGGUUCUGUCUCCAUGUACAGCCACCCAAGGUUAGCUUUGGGGCUCAUCCUUCUGACAGUGAUUUUGGAGCUGACGUGAGACACGGCCGCUCAACAACCCCCCCCCCCCCCCCCCCAGCAUCCAUCACACGGACGUCCAUCAGUUUUAUUUUCUAUACUAGCUCCCGUCUUGUUGGUUUCUGUCUGUGUUUUAGCUUCCUUGAGCUGAUAAAUAAAAUAAAAAUUUAAAAAAAAAGAACAAAAAGAAAAACAAACAAAAAAAACAACAAAGCCACAAAAUCUUUCCUUCUCGAUGUCGAACUGUUGUUCUUUGCGGUGGCGGUCGGACGUCUGGAUGAGAGGCUGCACACGGGACAUUCACAUUGGAUAUAUUGGAGAAUCGGCCAUUUGGCCAAAGUUUGGUUUUAGCUCAAUCUUGGACAUGAAGGAGCGGUUGGUGGACGCUCUCACGUCAUUGGCGCCGCCGGACAAAUGGGACGCUUAAGCGGCCGGUGACGAGAAUUUAGUAAUAAUGAUAAAAAUGUAAAAAUAUAAAAUAAAAAAGAUACUUUUGAGCGACAUGAAUAUAAUCGGGAA